UUCAAUGAGGGGAGGCCACUUCCUUCCAGUAUGCAUUCACCACCCAUGCGAGAUCUUCCCCUUCUCUGCCGUCGACAUUCGAUGUUGCAACUGUGCCGCACUGCAAUGCAACAUUAGCAGAAACUCAUAAUUUCGCGGUGAUUUCGGCGGGGAGACCUGCUGCAACAUUGUCCUUCUUUCUCGCGCCGCUUUUUGCAACAUGCCGAACAUCGUCCUGUUCAGCGGGAGCUCUCACCACGACCUGUCCCAGAAAGUGGCCGAUCGGCUGGGACUGGAUCUGGGCAAAGUGAUAACCAAGAAGUUCAGCAACCAGGAGACAUGUGUGGAGAUUGGGGAGAGUGUGCGCGGCGAGGACGUGUACAUCGUGCAGAGCGGGUGUGGCGAGAUUAACGACAACCUCAUGGAGCUUUUAAUUAUGAUCAACGCCUGCAAAAUUGCCUCGUCAUCCCGCGUCACCGCCGUCAUCCCCUGCUUCCCUUACGCCCGGCAGGACAAAAAGGACAAGAGCCGAGCGCCCAUAUCAGCCAAGCUGGUGGCAAACAUGUUGUCUGUGGCUGGCGCUGACCACAUCAUCACAAUGGAUCUCCACGCCUCCCAAAUCCAGGGCUUUUUCGACAUUGCUGUGGACAAUCUAUAUGCAGAGCCGGCUGUCCUGCAGUGGAUACGGGAAAAUAUCCCAGAAUGGAAAAACUGCAUCAUUGUGUCUCCUGACGCUGGGGGUGCAAAGCGCGUGACCUCCAUUGCGGAUCGACUGAACGUGGACUUUGCCCUCAUCCACAAAGAGCGAAAGAAAGCCAACGAAGUGGACCGCAUGGUGCUUGUAGGAGACGUCAAGGACCGCGUAGCCAUCCUGGUGGACGACAUGGCUGACACCUGCGGUACCAUCUGCCAUGCUGCUGACAAGUUGAUCGAUGCUGGCGCCGUCAAAGUCUAUGCCAUCCUCACCCAUGGCAUUUUCUCGGGUCCCGCCAUCUCGCGCAUCAACAACGCACCAUUCGAGGCGGUGGUGGUGACCAACACUAUCCCGCAGGAGGAGAAGAUGAGGGCGUGCCCAAAAAUACAGGUCAUUGACAUUUCCAUGAUCCUGGCAGAGGCCAUCAGAAGAACCCACAACGGUGAAUCCGUGUCCUACCUCUUCAGCCACGUCCCCUUGUAAUGGAGAGUGGGAAGCAUCUUUUACCCAAAGGCUCCUAAGCGCAGGUGGUUUUAGUCUCGUCCACACAUCCUCUUUGAAUGUUCCCAUCCAAGAGAUGGAGAGAGACCUCACCCCCACCUUAGCUCCGAUUAAUGAACCUGUCAUGUCCUGUACUUAACUUUAAAUGAAGCAUUACAAUUCCACUCAUUUACUUAAAAAGAAUUUUUAACAGAAUAAUUUGGUAACACAAACCUUUACCAUCAGGUAUUCACAUCAGUUAAAGUAUGACAACCCACAAAGCGUAUUAAAAUAACUCAAAAAAAGGUCAUGGAAUCUGCAUCAUCAAUCCAGUGAUGACUUGAAACACGAUUCAGGAGCCAUGACACGGGAAUUUUGUACCUGCAAUGGGUCGUCUUUGUUGUUGUUGUUUUUUUUUGUAUUGUAAGUCAAGCAGCAUUUUUGACAAUAAAACUAUGGCAAUAGCUUUCCAAACAUG